UUGUUAAAUAAUGGAAUAUAGAGCUGCAUUUCAUUUGUGUGUUAAUACGUAUGCUCAUAUCUAGGUCCAAGAAACUGAUAUUGACUUCUUUUGCAGAGUGCAGUGGUAGUAAUUAGUAGCUUCUUGCAUGUAUUUACAUACAUACAUGAACAGAUCUCUAUAAACAGACAACACAGAGACACAGAAGAAGAACAUAUAAUUUGUCCAUAUUUAUACAAGGUUGUAAUAAGAUCCUCUUACUCACACUCAUCCAUCUUCCGCUUCUUUCUUCUAGGUUCUCCCUCUUGAAAACCCCUCGUGAAAGCGAAAAAAUAAAACCAACCCCUCAACUACCUUAACCACCCCCAAAUUUCCAUAUUCUGUUUCCCCUCUUUUUCUUCUUCCCUCGCUCAUUCAUUCACCUCUUAACCCUUCACACUUCUCUGCUAAAAUCAAAAUGCAAAGCCAUUCAUUCUUCAAUCUCUUACCUCAAACACCAAAAUCCAAACUUUGAACAACCAAAUCCAACCCUUUCCUCCAAAACAACAAAUCAAGCAAUACCCAUUUCAGAUAUCCUCUAAAAAUCAAACCUUUUUCACCUUUCAAAAUCACAACCUCCCGCUACAACAAAACAAGAAGAGGAGAAAGAAAAAAGCAACGAGCUUCUUCACAAUUCUAGACCUUCAAUGUGGUUACCAUGGCAAAAAUCAUCAGCACUUCAAAUUCACGACACAUCAUCCCAACAACCCCAUUCUCAUUUCUCAUGUUCCUCCUUCAAAGACAUUCAAACCCUCUUUCUUGAAGAACCCCCCACCACUAACGCCACCAUCACAAAAGCCAAACCCUCCACAACCAUUUUCCACCGAGUCACACUCGCCAACUCGCUCCUCCGAGCCUGGUCAACUCACCUGCUCAACCAGCCCUCAAAACUCACCAACUCCCCCUCCCAAACCUAUGCCUCACGCGCCGGAGAACCAGACUCACGCGCCGCAAAAUCAGAUGUACGCGCCGUCGAAAUGGACUCACGCGCCAAGGAAACGGUCUCUUCGGUAAUCGUUCCGCGAGCAGAGCAGCGCGUGGUAGUGUACUUCACCAGCCUGCGCGUGGUGCGGUCCACCUUCGAGGACUGCAAAACGGUGCGUUCCAUCCUUCGCGGGUUCAAGGUAGCACUAGACGAGCGUGACGUGUCAAUGGACUCGGGUUUUCUCCGGGAACUUCGUCGGGUAACGGGUCGGUUAAACGGGCUGACCCUGCCACGUGUCUUCGUGAACGGUAGGUACGUGGGUGGGGCCGAAGAAGUGAGGUGGCUUCACGAAAGUGGAGAACUUAAGAAGCUUCUCGAAGGGUUGCCCGCAUCGGAUUCUUUGAGGCAGUGCCACGUGUGUGGGGACCACAGAUUCGUGCUUUGCGGGGAGUGUUCCGGUGCGCGUAAGGUGUACGAGGAGAAAGGUGGAUUCAAGACGUGUACGGCUUGCAAUGAGAGUGGCUUGAUCAGGUGCUUCUCUUGCUCUUGCUGAUCCACCUGCACCCGCACCACCAAUAAUCACCCAUCACUCUCUCAUUUCAUGAUGAAUUUUUUUUCAUUUUUUUGUUAAGAGAUAUAUACAUUUGAUAUUUUCAUCA